GCUAUACACAAUUUUGCCGUUUAGGGUUUUUAGCUCUUUGUAGUCUCCUACCAGUUGCGCGCCGCGAGGUUAAAGAGACGCCACGCCGGUGUCCACCUUGACAGAGCUAAACCCUCGUCUUGGUCCUCGCUCUUGUGUUGUAUACCCCUCUUCUCAGACUUAGGGUCUUAGUGUUUUCUCCGUUUGUUGUAGAAAAUCUAGAAACAGACAGCGAAAAUGGUUGGGAAGCCGUCGAAGGCCGAUAAGAAGCUCGCCUAUGACUCCAAGAUGUGUCAGCUCUUGGACGAUUACAGCCAGGUCCUGAUUGUGGCUGCCGACAAUGUUGGAUCGACCCAGUUGCAGAACAUCAGGAAGGGUCUGAGAGGCGAUUCGGUGGUGCUGAUGGGGAAGAACACUAUGAUGAAGAGGACGAUUAGGGUUCACUCUGAGAAGUCUGGCAACAAGGCUAUUCUCAAUCUUCUCCCCCUCCUUCAGGGGAAUGUUGGUCUGAUUUUCACUAAAGGUGAUCUGAAGGAAGUCAGCGAGGAAGUGGGAAAGUACAAGGUUGGAGCCCCUGCUCGUGUUGGUCUGAUUGCACCAAUUGAUGUUGUUGUGCCUCCCGGCAACACUGGACUCGAUCCAUCUCAGACAUCUUUCUUCCAGGUGCUGAACAUACCCACCAAGAUUAACAAGGGUACUGUUGAAAUCAUUACCCCUGUGGAGCUGAUUAAGAAGGGUGACAAGGUUGGGUCUUCAGAGGCUGCCCUGCUUGCCAAGCUUGGCAUCAGGCCAUUCUCUUAUGGUCUGGUGGUCGAAAAUGUCUAUGACGAUGGGUCUGUCUUCAGCCCUGAGGUUCUCGAUCUGACAGAGGAUGACCUCAUGGGGAGGUUUGCCUCUGGUGUCUCCAUGGUUACUGCACUCUCACUCGCCAUUGCAUACCCAACGCUGGCUGCUGCCCCUCACAUGUUCGCCAAUGCGUACAAGAAUGUCUUGGCCAUUGCGGUGGAGACUGAUUACACCUUCCCUCAGGCAGAGCAAGUGAAAGAGUACUUGAAGGAUCCUAGCAAGUUUGCUGUUGCUGCUGCCCCUGCUGCAGCCAGCGGCGGUGCUGCUGCUGCACCUGCCGCAGCCAAGGAAGAGGAGAAGAAACCAGAGCCUGAAGAGGAGUCCGAUGAAGAUGGUUUGGGCUUCAGUCUGUUUGAUGAUUAAGUUUCCCCAAACCAGUUAUCUUGUUGUAGGACCCGCAAAGUUUUGGCUUGUGUUUGAUAAUAUCGGAUUUGGUUCACAGUUUAAAUUUUGCUGCACUGAUUUAUUUUCCUGUUCAGACGUUUAAAGUGGUGUUGCUAGUUAUUAAUCGAAUCCUGUUUUUACUUGAUCCAUCAUUCCAUGCUGUCUUGCCUUCAUGGGUGGUGCUGUUUUUGUAUGUUCCACUCCAAAUCCAGAUAGUGGUACCGGUUCUCAAACGGUUUUUAAACUAAUUACAAUUUGGAACCUAAACUUAAUAGAUAUGCAAAUUUAGUACCUAACUUUUUUUUGCAUAUAAGUCUUUAAAAUAUUGAUGGAAAAUUACGUUUUGGUACCUAAAUUUUUUUGGUCUUACAUUUUGAUAUCUCAACUUUUCAAGUUUUACAAAUAGGUCCAAUUUUUGCAUGUGUAGUUAAAACACCAUCAAGUAAAUGGAUAUCCAUAUCCAACCCAUACUUAUUUAGAUUAUGGAAGCAAUAUUCAUACCUUAUCCAAACUCAUCUAUAAACCCCCAAAUCCAAAUGCACUUCACCCAUACCCAACCCAUUAUCAAUGGGUCUACUUGGGUUUGUGUAUAAUUACCCAUGGGUGGGUAAUUUGCCAUCCCUAGUGUGGGUGUGUGAUUCUUGAAUGUGUUGAACAUCAUCAACUCGAAACAUUGGGGAAGAAUGAUAUAAAAUUGUUCGAGAAACUUGGAAUGAAGCUAGCCUUUUACCGGCUCAAGAUAGGGUGAGUAACCUUAGGGUGAGUAAUAAUGAGAAACCAAAUCUGGACCCUUCUUUUAAGUGGCUGCAGAUCUAAGAGUGGAGAAUUAAAAAAAAUUAUUUUCCCUAGUUUUCUUAAUUGGAUCAUAUCUUCUUCAUUCUAACUCGGAUUUCAUUUUUUGUUUUUUUGCACAGAUAGAACGAGUUCGUUGUGCUCUACAAAAUGAUAUCAAUUUUCAAUAUUUUUUGAGAAAAAAAAAUUCCAUCCCUCUCGUUACCAACUCCAUACCAUAUGGUAUCUCCUUCGUUGUUUAGUCAUUUUCGGAAAUUUUUGCUCAAAAUGAACGAUUUAAUCAUGAUCUAUUGGAUUUCAAAAAUUUCUGGGGGAAAACAUUCCAUACCUCUCGUUACCAACUUCAUACCAUACUAUACCACUCUGGUAUGAGGUGGUAUUUUUCAUAGCAUAUGGUAUGCUGUUAUUUAAUACCAAUCAUACCAUAUGGUAUUGACUGGUAAUAACUGGCAAUUUUUUUU